AUGACAAUUGAUCCGGCGCUUGACCAGUUAUUUUAUUCGUUGCUAACAAAGGACGAUUUAUCUAGAUAUGAAGAUCCAGAAAAAUUCAAAGAAUGGAUUCCGAAGAUUGAGGCUUAUCGUCAAAAGAUCGAUGAUUCCGUGCCAUCGGAACUCAAGGUUGAGUUGCCAAAACCAAUUGCAAAAUUGAAACAAGAGCAGUUCAAUGCUAUGAAACACUUGUACGAUGAAAAGUUAUUGACACAGCAUGAAUUUGAGAUUACAGAUUGCCCAGGCACUUUGAUUGUGCAAAAAAUUGCCAAUGGUCAAUGGACUUCAGUUGAAGUGUUUCAGGCGUUCGCCAAACGUGCAGUUUUAGCCCAUCAAUUUACCAACUGUGCUGUUGAAUUUUUCAUUGAAGAAGGUCUUGCAAGGGCUAAGGAAUUGGAUGAGUAUUAUGCUACUCAUGGUAAAAUAGUAGGUCCUUUGAAUGGAUUACCCAUUUCAUUAAAAGAACACAUUUCACUUAAGGGUAGAAUUGGCCAUUCUGGAAUUGUGUCGCUAUUGGAUAAUGUUGCCGACAAGGAUGCAGUGACUGUAACAGUUUUACACAACUUGGGUGCCGUAUUCUAUGUCAGAACUAAUGAGCCACACGCAUUGUUACCCUUGGACACUGGCAACAAUAUUACAGGAUUCACCAAAUGCCCAUAUAAUUUGCUUUUGUCUAGUGGUGGCUCAUCCUCAGGGGAAGGCGCAAACAUUGCUUAUGGUGGAAGUGUUUUAGGAGUUGGUUCAGACAUCGGUGGCUCCAUCAGAUCUCCGGCAGCUUUCUCAGGGUGUCAUGGGUUGAGACCGUCAUCGAGAAGAAUUUCGGCAAGGGGAUUAGUUGGAGAGGGUGGUGGCCAGGAAAGUGUUGUCGGAGUACUUGGACCGUUAUCGAGAACAAUUGAGGACAUUGAAUUGUUUAUGAAGCUGUACAUCAAUGAUGGUAAACCAUGGCUUCUUGACCCUUGGAGUUUACCAAUCCCCUGGAGAGAUGUACCGAUCCCCGACUUAACCAAGUUGAAAAUUGCUGUCGUUAGAGAUGAUGGUGUUUGCAGAGUGACGCCACCAAUUCGCAGGGGAUUGAAUGAGGUUGUUGAAAAAUUGAAACUGGCUGGAGUUGAGAUUGUAGAGUUUAUUCCAAAGAAUGGCAGAUUAGCUUACGAUGUCGCUACUCAAUUAUCUAAUUGCGAUGGUAAUAGGGCUUUGCGUGAAGCAUUCUCCGCAUCUGGCGAACCAUUGCCAAGGUUGACCAAGUGGUACUUGAACUUGGGUGAAGGAGCGAGAGAAUUCACUGUUACUGAAAAUAGAAAAUUAAACUCCAUUAGAGACAGAUUGAGAGAGGAGUACAGUGAUUAUCUCAUUGAAAACAAGAUUGAUUUUUUCCUUGGCCCAGCUUACAAUAAUGUCGCCCCUAAGGAAGAAGAAGUGUAUAAUGAAUCAUACACUUUGAUCUACAAUUUGCUUGAUUUCCCGAGCUUGGUGUUUCAAACUGGCUUAUUUCAAGACCCCAAAAUUGAUAUGUGGCAAAAGGAGGAUUUGAAUUACAAGUACAGAAGCGGCAUGGAAGAGUUGGAAAAUAGGGGGUAUGAUCCAACUCAGUUUGUUGGAGCACCAAUUGCUUUACAGUUGAGCGGAAGAAGGUAUUGUGAUGAGGAAGUGGUGGCUACCGCAAAGGCUAUUGUUGACUUCCUUAGCGUGGAUUUGUUGAGACGACAAAAUGAGUAA